GGGGUUUUUGGGGGGUCUCGGGGGGUUCCCGGAGGGUCCCGGUGCCGCCGCCAUGAACCGUGAGGAGCUGACGUACCUGGGCGUGCUGCUGGGCUCCAUCCCGGUGGGCUUCGUGCUCAAGGAGCGCGGCCCGCGCUGGCGCCAGUUCGGGGGGGCGGCGGUGGGGGCGGGGCUGGCGCUGCUCACCUGCGGCCCCCACCUGCUGCACUCGCUGGGCACCGUGCUGGGCACCUGGGCCAUCCUCACCUGCCUGCCCAGGCGCUCCGGGGGCGCCGCCCUGCUCUGGGUGUUCGGGUACCUGCUGUUCUUCCGCACGCCCUGGGUCUGGGGGCUGCCCGAGCCCCCCCCCUACGCCAACGCCCUGCAGCUCCUCAUCACCCUCAAGAUGGCCAGCCUGGCCAGUGACACGCAGGAGCUGCGGGAGGCGGAGCUUAAGGGGGUGACGUCAGAGGAGACGCGGCUGCUGAUUGGCUCGCUGCGGAGGGUGCCGAGCUUGAUUGACAUCCUGUGCUACAGCUACUGCUACCUGGGGCUGCUGACAGGUCCCUUCUACCGCCUGGGCACGCACCUGGACUGGGUGUGGGGCGGGGCGGGCCCGCCGGCGCUGCGGCGGCUGCUGUGCCACGUGCGCUGGGCGCCGGCGCUGGGCGCGCUGGGGCUGCUGGCGGGGCGGGCGUGGCCGGCGGGCGCCGUGCUGCAGCCCGAGUUCGGGGCGCGGCCCUGGCCCGCCCGCCUGGCACACAUGGUGCCCGUCUUCCUGGCGCUGCGCAUGCGCCUCUACGUCGGCUGGCUCUGCGCCGAGGGCGCCUGCGUGGCCGCGGGGCUGGGGGCCUACCCCAAAGCGGCCAGGGCCAGGCCGGGACAGGGACCCACGGUGCCAUGGGAGCGCCCCAAAACGUGUGCCGAGCUCCCUGAGGAGCAGUGGGAUUUCGAGACCAUCCGCACCGUGGACCCCUGGGGCACCGAGGUGGGCCGGCGCUUCCGGGGCGGCCUCAGGCGCUGGAACAUGACGGUGCAGUGGUGGCUGGCGGCCUACGUGCACCGCAGGGGACCCCGCCAGUACCCCGUGCUCAGGAAGACGGGUGAGCCAAUCAGAGGCGGGUAGAAGGCGGGACUACAGCACCCAGCAAAUCAGAGAAGGACAACGGGGCGGAGCAAAGUGGCUGGGCGAAACACAGAGCGAGAGAAGGGCGGAGCGACGGUGGCCCGAC